AUGCCGUCACCGAAGGAAUUGACGCCGCUGGUCGGAGCUGAUGCAGCCACAAGUCAUCGCAAUGUUGUCGCUAGUCGAUGGGGUAUCGUAGUGCUGCUACUGGCGAUUCUUGCUGUGCUUGGCUUCACACUUGUCGAUGUCAUCACCUCCUCAGUGGAGCCAAGCCUUGCUGCUGACUGGAGCUAUCUGUGCGAUCCAGCGUCGAAGCAGGACGCAGGCUACGUCAAGCUGGCGAACAAGGCCGACGAUCAUUAUUUCUACUGGUACUUCGAGUCGCGACGCUCGCCUGCAACGGACCCGCUGGACCUGUGGCUUACGGGAGGACCGGGCGGUUCCAGUAUCAUGGCCAUGCUGGCCGAGAACGGGCCGUGCAAGAUAUUGCCCAACAUUGCAACGGAGGUGAACCCGUACUCAUGGACAGCUCAAGCCAACGUCGUGUGGCUCGACCAACCCACAUCAGUUGGGUUCUCCCACGGCAGCCAGCAGGACAAGGACUUUAACGAGACCAACGUCGGAGAAAACAUCUACUGGUUCUUACAAGGGUUCCUAGAGCAACACCCCGAGCUUGAAGGACGAGAGUUCUUCGUCACGGGCGAGAGCUAUGGCGGUCACUACGUCCCAGUCGCCGCACACUACAUCUGGAAGCAGAACCCCGUCAGUCCCGGGUCCCUUAAGCUCGAUCUACAGGGGAUUGCAGUUGGCAAUGGACUUACGAACCCGAUCAUCCAGUAUCCAUACAAUCCCGACAUGGCGAACAACGUCUACAACAUUUCGUUGCUGACGCCGGCCCAAACGCAGCAGAUGCGGAGUGAUGCAGCUGAGUGUGUUGAUCUCACACAACAUCCGCGUAAUGGGACGAUCAGCAAGGUCGCCCAGCAGUGCUGGUCUGACAAGCUCAUCGGACCUUUCAACAGCGCGAAUCGCAACAACUACGACAUCCGCCAGCCCUGCAGCAACAGCGACCGCAGUGCGACCUGCGACGACACGCCUACGAUUACUGCGUAUCUCAACUCCCCCGCAGUCAGGAAGUACCUGAACGUCGACGAGCGUGUGCCGGCGUGGCACGAGGACAGUAGCGAGGUGGAGACGACGUUCAUCACCGAUGGCGACUGGUCCAUGCCAUUCCACGACUUGGUCGCGAACAUGCUGGACGACGGACUGCGCGUCCUCAUCUACGCCGGUGACGCUGAUCUCAUGUGCAACUGGAUCGGCAAUCGCGCGUGGACUUUGGAGCUGAACUGGAGGGGCAAGGAAGGCUUCAACGCAGCGGAAGAGCGAGCUUUCGUCGCCCACGACCCCUUACUGUCCGAUGGAGCGAAGGCCAUUGACACUGGGGUGGUGCGCUCUUUCGACAACUUUGCAUUCGUGCGCGUGUACGACGCCGGUCACAUGGUGCCCAUGAACCAACCUGCUGUGUCGCUGGAUCUGAUCAACAGGUUCCUCACCAACAAGGAACACUAGGUCGUCUGCGUCAUGCUGACACUGGUUCGGCUGAAGCUUUGCGUAGCCUGACUGUCAGACUGACUGGAUUGAAAUGCAUCUAAUCCUCAAUGAUACAUCAACUCAUUCCUGAAUCAGCGCUGUCAGAAGUACG